AUGGGCUUCCAGGUUAUGAGGGAAGACGACCUAGAACUUGACACCUUUGGAGCCUUCCAACCGAAUAUCGUCCCUAACUCGCCAACUAUGUUUGAUCACAGAAGAAGUUUUUGGAACACGUUGCAACGAGACAAAAUUAAAGAGAUUCAAGAUGCGGGAUUGGAGACUCAAGGUGAGAAAAAAGCCAGCGAUGGCGAAGAAGUAGGAGGACCGGUCCGCCACAAGCCAACUUUGUCUAAAAGAGAACCGAAUUUGGCUUAUGCACGAGUUGCUAAUACUGAACCUCUUCAAGAACCACACUCUUCACGACAGCCUUGUACCAACAUUCUACAAACCAACGCCAGCGAGUUCCCCCAGCGUCGAGGAACCCACGAUGUUGAAGUUGAAAUCAAGAGGAUGAUGUUAUUGAACGGUUAUCCGUUCAUGUACGUUAUUCUAUGGACACCAGGGCUUGUCAACAGGUUGCUCGAAGCACUGGGAACGCCUGUUUCGGAGACUGCCAUUGCUGCUUUGAAUACUUCGACGCAGUUUGUUGGAUUCGCCAACGCAGCAACGUAUGGUUUCAAUCAUUAUUUGAGAGACAGUUUGGAUACACUGUACUGGACGCCUAUGGUUAUGAGAAUUAAGCAAUGGUUUGGGCGAUGA